GAUAUUCCUCCUUUGCCAGAUUGAAAUCUAAGCUGGGUUUCUCAACAUACAGCUAAGUAGCUCAUAUCUCAAAUGCCUUUGACAGUUGCGGAUAUUGUCUUCAAUGAGCAGGCAAAUCAUAACUUCUCAAAGACUCUGGGUGAAAUCAAACGGAGUACUUUAUCCAUCCAUAAUCGGCUUCGAUCAAUUCUCGAAGACGCGGAAUUCGCCCAGUCUGUUGCAAAUGCAUAUAAUAGACCACUGGUAGCAAAUGAGAGAUGCGGUAGCUGGUACAUUGAUCCCAGCAAGAAAGGGGGAAGCGCAUACUUCAAAAGUACCGAUGGUCAUACUGGUGUCUGGAAAUUCAGCUCCCGAAGACUGAAUUUACAUCUAUUAGAAAUCAUUGGUAAACAUGACGGAUGUAUCAUUGUAGAUUCUACUAGGCGUGGAAAACGUAUGCCUGAUGCAUUGAGCAAAACAAUCCCAAUAUGGUGUUGUGUAUUGAACCGCGUCUUCUUUCCUGAUAUUCCAACCGCUCAUAAGCUAUACGCUCCACCACAAGUAGUUUCCGAUUCCGAGCAAGCCCAAAUGGCCAAUUUGAUUCCUCAAUUUGUGCAAGCAUUUCAAACUCUCAAUCUCCCUAUCGAAUCGUUCCGCGAGAAGAUUCACAAACCCAUCAGACCCAUUUGGAUGACUCCCGAGUCUCAAAUCUCGGAAACAGGCGAGAUUUUCAAAGACUUUCAUCCGGUUGUAUGCUGUACGGUUUCGCGCAGAGUUUCGGGCGGUGAAAUUAGUGAGGGCGGCUAUAUACAAGGAGCAGGUGACGAUACGGAAAACUGGGCUCAUGGACUUACUCCUAACAUUUUCUGGAGCAAUCAAGAAAUUCUAUUCGAGACGUCAGAAGAAGAUUUGCCUGGACUCAUUGAAACCUUGAUAAAUCAAACAAGCUCAUCGCUAGGAUCUAGCGAUAACCUACGCAUCGUAAAACCGACUUCCUGUCUAUCCAUCUCGACCAUCGAUGCACUCCCACCUCCAACCCCCAAUAUCAAUACCUGCAUCAUUGUGCUCCUACCAAAACUCACCCCUAAAGAAACAUGGCACACGUCUCCCACCCGUCUCGACAUCGGACUCGGCGCCAAAAAAGUAGGCAGCAAAAAUCUCCGCGCCGCGCUCCCAACCAUCUCCUCUUUCUUCCUCGAGAACCUCUCUGCGCAUCCUGCACCACAAUCUUCAGAUACCUCUAUACAAAUCGUCGUCGCGUGCGAGUCUGGACAUGAUCUCUCCGUAGGAGUGGCGCUUGCUCUGCUUUGUCUUUAUUUCGAGCAUAGUGGAAAGUUAAAAUCGGGGAGUGGAGAAGGGGGAGAAAAGGCGGAGGUAAAUAAAGAUUUUAUUCGGCAGAGAUUAACGUGGAUUUCUACUUCGAUGCCGGAUGCGAAUCCGAGUCGAGCUACGUUGCAAAGUGUGAAUAGUUUUUUGAUGUCGUAUUAAUGGGGGGGGGGGUUGUAUUUCAAUUUCGCUUGGAAAGUGUGGAUUUCUCGCUGUUGGGUUAGGUCAGGAUAGAUUAGGUUGUAGAAUUGGAACGCUGUGAGGAUGUUUGAUUAUAGUACUAUAUGGGGGGAUCCCCUUUGGUUUCUCGGUAGAUGGAUAGAAGGGGGGAUGACAUGAUAUUUAUAUUUAUCUUUAUAUUUAACUUUACAUCUACAUACAAACUCACAUACACAACUUUAUAAUCCGCCCCA